UCACGGGGACCGGGUGUCCACGCUGGGCACGCGGCCGGACCCGGGCUCCGCCGUCUACCAGGAGAACCACGAGCAGAUGAAAGCCCUGGUCGGUCAGCUUCGCGAGCGAGCACGGAGAAUCAGACUGGGAGGGGGUGAGAAAGCCCAAGAACGCCACAAAUCGAGAGGAAAGCUGUUACCCAGAGAAAGAGUCGACGGGCUCAUAGACCCCGGGUCUCCAUUUCUGGAAUUAUCCCAGUUUGCAGGUUACCAGUUGUAUGGUGACGAGGAGGUCCCGGCAGGUGGCAUUAUUACAGGCAUCGGGAGAGUCUCUGGAGUAGAAUGCAUGAUUGUGGCCAAUGAUGCCACCGUCAAGGGAGGUAUCUACUACCCAGUGACGGUGAAGAAGCAUGUGCGGGCACAAGAGAUCGCGCUGCAGAACAGGCUCCCCUGCAUCUACCUGGUUGAUUCAGGAGGGGCGCACUUGCGUCGGCAAGCAGAUGUGUUUCCAGAUCGAGAUCACUUCGGCCGCAUAUUCUAUAAUCAGGCGAUUAUGUCGUCUAAAAAUAUUACACAGAUAGCGGUGGUCAUGGGAUCCUGUACGGCCGGGGGUGCUUACGUGCCUGCCAUGGCUGACGAAAACAUCAUCGUGCGCAAGCAGGGUACCAUUUUCUUGGCAGGACCCCCCUUGGUUAAAGCCGCCACCGGAGAAGAGGUGUCAGCCGAGGAUCUCGGGGGCGCCGACCUCCACUGCAGAAAGUCUGGAGUCACAGAUUACUAUGCUCUGGAUGAUAACCAUGCCCUUCACUUAACCAGGAAGAUUGUGAGAAAUCUAAAUCAUCAGAAGAAAUUGGAUGUUACCAUUGAACCUUCUGAAGACCCCUUGUUUCCUGCUGAUGAAUUGUACGGCAUAGUGGGUGCUAACCUGAAGAGGAACUUUGAUGUCCGAGAGGUCAUUGCUAGACUCGUGGAUGGAAGCAGAUUCAGUGAGUUCAAAGCCUUGUAUGGAGACACGUUAGUCACAGGAUUUGCUAGAAUAUUUGGAUACCCAGUAGGUAUCAUUGGAAAUAAUGGAGUUCUCUUCUCUGAAUCUGCAAAAAAGGGCACUCACUUUGUCCAGUUGUGCUGCCAAAGGAAAAUCCCUCUGCUCUUCCUCCAGAACAUCACUGGAUUUAUGGUUGGGAGAGACUAUGAAGCUGAAGGAAUUGCCAAGGAUGGCGCCAAGAUGGUAGCUGCCGUGGCCUGUGCGAACGUGCCUAAGAUGACUGUCAUCAUUGGGGGAUCCUACGGGGCUGGAAACUACGGAAUGUGUGGCAGAGCAUAUAGCCCAAGAUUCCUCUACCUGUGGCCAAAUGCCCGGAUCUCAGUGAUGGGGGGAGAGCAGGCAGCCAACGUGCUGGCAACAAUAGCAAAGGACCAGAGAGCUCGGGAAGGGAAACAGUUCUCCUCUGCUGAGGAAGCAGCUUUGAAAGAGCCCAUCAUUGCCAGAUUCGAAGAGGAAGGAAACCCUUACUACUCCAGUGCCAGGCUGUGGGAUGACGGGAUCAUUGAUCCAGUGGACACCAGGCUGGUCCUGGGGCUCAGUAUCAGCGCAGCCCUCAAUGCGCCAAUCCAGAAGACCGACUUCGGUGUCUUCAGGAUGUAGCUGGAGUAGGAAGCUCCUUCCGUUGGACGUGGACCCAAAAUUAAGACAUUAGUAGCCUUAAAAUUUUAGACUUGUUCAACAUGUGGCUAUUACAGUAAAAUUGUUUUCUUAACACAGUGCACACUUUUCUACCUUAAAUCAGUGAAGAUUUUUAUUUGAUGAACCUCAAUUCCUUGUAAAUUUCGUUAGAGAAAUUUUUAUGUGGCUCAGUUUUACCACCAUAAAAUGAAGAGAAUCACUUAGUUAUCCUUUCUAACCCAUAAGUGGUAUGAAAAGUUCUAUAAUCUGUAAAUUCCAGGUAUUAUUGAGAUUAUCGAUAUAAAG